GUUCUCUAGAAAUCGGGUAUUUUUGCAUUGUUUCCUUUCUCUUUCGGCAACGGUCCUUUACCUCUCAGGAGGUCACGGGCCCGUCCCCGAUUAUGCCCAUCUGGUCUAUGUCUUCAUGUGGAAACCGUUGCGCCGCUGACCGUUUGCGUCGGAACUGCCCCCCCCUCCUCACUGCUGUUCUUAUUUCCGCAACUACAAAAAUUGCAUGAGCUUACCCAAGAACCGUCUUUCCUCGUCCCCGCUUUGCAGCGAGCAAUGGAGCAGCCGGACCGCUUCUGUCCAUUUCGUGUGCCACCGUCUGCCGGCGAAGAGGACUCCAGUGGCUCGUAUUUAAAAUGAAAUUGAGCGUUUAUGCUUUUUUACGGGUACAAGUCGAAUUCGCUUAUACACCGGCUACACUGAGCUGGUAAUCUGACGACCCAGCAAGCAGUAAUCUACUUGAUCGCACUUCCCGUAGAUGCACGGGCCUUUGUCAAAGUUGUGCUACGAGUCCGUAUUGUUUCAGGGACCUGGAAGUGCGUAUGCGUGUUCACGCAGUGUACGAUCCAAAGGAACUGCCAGCAUACGUCACUGCCUCGUGAUGUUUUUAUAUGACACAGCAGAUGACAUACUUUUUCUGAAACACAACAAGUUCAAUGGUGAAAGCACCAAAUGGAGCGGCAACGCUCUCCGUCUGUGGCCUGUGUUGACCGACAGAUGUCGGCUCGCAGGACAGGAAAAGCAUUUUUCAUUGCAUCUGCCGUGGCUAAUAUUCUGGAGCCUCCGAGCGCGGUUGUUGAGGCGACUGUGCUUCCAUGUGAAACCUUUGACGUCUUUUUCCCUCGUCGUACACACUUAACGGUUGAUCGUCUUGUCGCAUGCUCGCAGGAGAACACCUGCGCAAGAGAAGUCUAUCCUGAAAAUGGUGCCUGUGAAGGACUGUGCAAACCGGAGGCUCGUUUAGGUACUCGAGUCCAUCGACGUCCCCAAGAAAAGACUCAGUCUCGUCUAGAAGAGGGGAAACCCGAAGGCGACCUUCCGUGUGUUCCCGCUGAUGAAAACGAGAACGAACACCUCGGGGACGACUGGACUGGAGUCAGUUUUGAUGAUCAAUCCAGGUGCCUGGCGAUUUGUCAGUGCAUGGUAAUGCGGUUGUACAUCGCUGCGUCAUCAGGACUCACCCGUUUACCGCGGGAUACUCAUGGCCCCUCCUGUACAGAUUCGAGGAAAGCCGUUGAAAAUCGUUGGGUUGGAUGGGUUCGCUUGGCGCUGCUCAUGAAUGGAAGUUGCCCUUUAGCUCUGAAGUUUGCCCAAAACCGCGUGCAGCAGCUCGGAGAAGAAGUCAAAAAACUUAUUUCACAUAUCGCGAACGGCUGUGUCGGUUCAAUACCCCGUAGGAAAGCCUGUGGCCGGGUACACAAUGAUGAGCAAGAGGCUCGCAGAGGUGGGGAAGAGACAGGCAUCGAAUCAGACAAAGACGCCGGGCACCGAAAUGUAGAGACUUUUCUCGUGAAAACAGUGAACGCAGAGAGAGGCGAUGGGACAAAAAGAAGAUGGAUCAACGCGAAGACUCAAGAAGGCUCUCCGGAAGGGCACAGCAGAUUUGGUUUCCAGGAUCAGUGUAGCCGUGAACACCUGCACGCGGGAGGUGAGGUAGAAGAUAGUUGUGCGACUGUCUUUCUCGAGACGUGGAACAAACUCAAAGAAGAACUCGCCUCUGUCAAACAUCUGCUCGAGGUCCAUCCGAAAUGUGGCGACCUGUGGGCGUACCGCCGCUACGUGUGCCGGACUAUCGUUUGCUCUCUCUUGUGUCUCGCCGGUCCAAAAGAACCCGUUUCCCAACGUUGUUCGCAUUCAGGCGACUUCCAAAUACACCCGAACAACCUCAGCGAUGCUCGCUCCGAGGUCGUGUCUGGCACGAGCAAGAUGCGCAGUGAGGAACCAGUGGAGACGUUCAGUACCGGAAACUCGGACAUUUGUGACCCCGGAGAUGCAGAUAUUUGCCGAGGGGCGGACUGUACGUCAGUUUCAGAAGACAACGACAAGAGGGCCUGUGUGCGAGAGCUCUCGCAGAGAGGUGCGGAUGCGUCUGACAAUCACGAUUGGGUACGAUGGAUGACAGCAGAACUGUCUGACUUUCUGGACACUGAGCUUGCUCUGGUGGCAGAGCAUGCGGCUCAGAGGCCUCACAGCUACCAGGCUUGGGAGCACUUCGCGAAAAUCGAACAGGAGGUGAAGACAUUGUUUCGCCGCUUCCCUGUUUGCGGUAUGCACACAGGCGCACUCGGGCCUUCCGCAGUGCAGAGAGGCGAUAGAGAGCAAUGCUUUCCUACAGGCGGAGCGAAGGAACAAACUGCGCUUGAAGAAUUACGAUAUCGUAUCAUGCAGCAACUUAGUACCUUUAUAGAGAGCCAGUGCGGGAUUCUAGCGCAUUCGCAUGCUCCUUUUCACCAUGCGUCGAAGCUGUUUGACGAAUCUCUGUCGUCUAUCUUAUCCUCUGACCCGUCGGAGUUGUUACCAGCCAAAAAGUCCUAUGGAAGCGACUUCCCGGCAACGGCCCCAGGUCCGAAACUGGGGGUGGCUCAUGCUUUGCUCGUCAAGGCCCUCCAGUUUAAUGCAGACGUUCUUCAGCUUUUCCCACACUUCGAGGCUCCGUGGUGUGGACGGGGAGAACUUUUUAUAGCGUACAUUCGCAGAUGCUCAGCCUAUGCGAAUCGGUAUUCUUUAGGGACUAAGGCGCACGGCCACGAGGCGGAAGGUGACUCCACCGAUCCCAAGGGACCCACAACGACUCGGGAUACAGCUUCAGAACAGACAUUCACAACUGCUUUGCCUCAGUCCGCAGAGAAGCCGCUUAGUCUUGCAGGCUCUGUAAUAUUGCCUGGCAAUGCAAGCGCGGAUGAAACGAUCCAACACUGUCGAGGAACUGCUGACAACUGCUUGGAAGAGUUCGACGGAUUCACGUCAAGACAUUUCCACGCACUCUUUCCAGAGAAUCUUUCAGGAUGAACGGCAGGUGCAGGGGGUCCGAGGUGCUCCCGGAGUUGAUUUUUUGUGAGAACGUGAUCGCGCGCAUCCGUCCCUCGAAGCCGUGGGGACAGGAAAAGCAACUCGUCUUCGUCAUCUUCAGCCUCGUUUGCACCAAACUCCGACAGGGGCCGUGCCGGACGCAGCGGAUGUUCAUUUACAGCGUACACUCCAUAAUUCGCCUUCGGCUUCCUCUCACUGUUCCGAUAAUCCCCAUGUGGUGAAAAAUCAGAUUGAUAAUUCGAAGCCUCCGACGACAGGCAGUAGAUGUUGCUUUUCAAAAUAAUUGUAGUUUUUUCGCGAG